AUGCCUCUCAUCCGAGACCCUUUCCAGAACCCUGCGUUGGAUAAAGAUGAUUCCUACUUGGGAAAGUCGCGGGCUUCCAAGAAACUGCCAUAUAAGAACCCAACUCACCUUGCUCAGCAACAGGAACCCUGGUGUCGACUCAGCUCAACUCCCACAAUUACCUCCAUGAAACGGGAUGUUUGUUUUUUUUAUUCAGAGAUACCGAAGGAUGACCUGGAUUUCCGCUUAGCGGCCUUGUACAACCACCACACAGGGACAUUCAAGAAUAAGAGUGAGAUACUCACACACCAGGAGACCAUCCAGGAUACCCACGGAAUCAAGACCCAAUUCCCUGGAGAAUUUUUGCCCCCUCCCCAACCAUCCCCCAUCACUUCCAGAGCUAACAUCAGACACUGGAUCAACCCUAAGAAGGAGUCUAUUCACAGCAUACAGGGAUCCAUAGUGUCCCCUCACACUGCAGCCACCAAUGGAGGGUACUCCCGAAAGAAUGAUGGUGGCUUCUUCUCCACCUAAGUGUUGACAGGCCCCUGGAACAUCCCGCCGACCAC